AGAGGCGUAUGAUAACUUGGUGCCUCAAUGAGUUGACGCUGGCAGAAAUCCAACAGGCAACUCAGUAACAUUAUUUAAUUCAUGGCUGCGAUGCCGUCUCCCUAUAAAUAGGGGUCACAGCUUUACUCUCUCCCACUCACUCAUCUCACGUUCCCACAUCACCUUCCCCAGUGAGUGACGGUUUAGCUUCGUCUCUUUAAAAAGGACAAGCUAAGAGGAAGUUCUCUCUCAGUUUCCAUUAAUGGCGGGAUUCUUGAGCUUCACGGGAAGGAGAUCUGUAGCCUUGAAGAGUCUUCUAAAGAGGAACGAUUUCUCCACUCAAGCUGUUAGGGAUCUGCCCAAGGAUUUCCCCGGAAUUCAUGUCAAGAAGGACGUUUCUCAGCUUAUUGGGAAGACUCCCCUUGUCUAUCUGAACAAAGUGACUGAAGGUUGUGGAGCUUAUGUAGCAGUCAAGCAAGAAAUGUUUCAACCCACUGCUAGUGUCAAGGACAGACCUGCCCGCUCCAUGUUUGAAGAUGCAGAAAAGAAAGGACUGAUAAGCCCUGAAAAGACGGUGUUGAUUGAGCCAACAUCAGGGAAUAUGGGAAUAAGUAUGGCAUUUAUGGCGGCUCUGAAGGGGUACAAGAUGAUUCUCACCAUGCCUUCUUACACAAGCCUCGAGAGGAGAGUAACUAUGAAAGCAUUUGGAGCAGAACUAGUAGUCACUGAUCCUACAAAAGGCAUGGGAGGAACAGUCAAAAAGGCUUAUGAUCUUUUGGAGUCAACCCCAAAUGCUUUCAUGCUGCAACAAUUUGAAAAUCCUGCAAAUACUAAGAGUCAUUAUGAGACUACCGGACCUGAGAUAUGGGAGGAUACUCUCGGCCAAGUGGACAUCUUUGUUAUGGGAAUAGGAAGUGGAGGCACUGUCUCUGGAGUUGGACAAUAUCUGAAAUCCAAAAAUCCUAAUGUCAAGAUAUAUGGACUUGAACCUGCAGAGAGCAACAUACUAAAUGGUGGCAAGCCAGGUCCUCAUCAAAUAACUGGUAAUGGUGUUGGCUUUAAACCAAAGAUAUUGGACAUGGAUGUAAUGGAUGCUGUUCUUGAGGUCACCAGUGAAGAUGCAGUGAAGAUGGCAAGAGAGUUGGCUGUUAAGGAGGGGCUCAUGGUGGGAAUUUCCUCUGGAGCAAAUACAGUUGCAGCAUUAAGACUUGCAAAGAUGCCAGAGAAUAAAGGGAAACUUAUUGUGACGGUUCAUGCAAGCUUUGGAGAGAGGUACUUGUCAUCUGUACUCUUCCAAGAACUGAGGCAAGAGGCUGAGAACAUGCAACCAGUUUCAGUGGAUUAAUAUUACCAAUUCUUGUCAUUAGUAGAGGCAAGAGGCCGAGAAUAUGCAACCAGUUUCAGUAGAUUAAUAUUACCAAUUCUUGUCAUUCCUAGAGAGCUCUCACUACUUGUGAAUAUGCUGUAUGCAUUUCUAAUAAGGAAUGUGGAUGAUGGUGUUCAUAUGGUCAGUGAUUAUCAAUUAUUACAUUUAUGUGGUUGCUAGAGAGCUUUCACUUGUAAAUGUGGGUUUCAUUACUACAUCGAUUGUAAUGGAAUCCUUCCACUCCUUUAAGAUGUUACAUUUUUCUUCUUUAAAUUCCUUGUGUCCAAUGAUGUAAUAAAAAUGCAACUGUGAUGUAAUAUAAAGCAAUUUAUCAUUCGACUUAAA